AUGGAUAUAGAGUCAGGUGCGGCUCCAAUGCCUUCUUCGGAAGGCCACAUUGUUGCGGCCGAGGGCGGAGCAGGGAAUGCGAGUGCUCCCUUGACCAUCAACAGUCUCUCCCCGCUGCACACCGGCACGACGACGCCGUCGCAGCCACCAGCCAACGACAGUAUGGGGGCGGACUCCGCCAACACCCCGUCCUUCGGACGCAAACGACGUCUCAGCUUCAAAGAUAAGCAGCGGCAGGGGGUUUCUCACGUGGGCAGUAGCGGCACCACCUUCAAGUCUACGCUGGCAGGCGACUCCAGCAGCGGCCCUUUUCAGUCGCCAACGAGCACCGCCACAUCGUCGUCGCCGCACCAGCUAUUUCUCUCUCCGACCGGCUCUCAGACCUCGCAGCCGGCGCGCAAGAAGACAGCCGCAGACGCAGCGGCGGAGACCACCACCACCGUGACGACCGGGUGCGUCUUCACGGCGCUGGAGCCGACUCGCGGCGGCCCGCGCGGGGCAGCACGACCGCUCCACCGCCAUCUGGCCUCUCCCACUGCCCGCCUGCCCACCUCUACCACGCUGUUCGGGUCUUCGGCGACGUCGACAGAGCCGUCACCGGUGACGAAGUCGCGGUCUUCGCCGUCGGAGCAGGCUUCCGCCUCUCCCGGCGUGAUGCACAGCCCUUUACCUGCCUCGACGGCACUUCCCGCGAGCGACUCAGCGUUCAAUCUCACCUCAUCGUCGGCGUCACCUCUCACAGUGGCGAGUCCGGGUCUCGACAGCACCGCAGCGGAGGGUCGCGAUAUAUUUUCCCAUGAGCUGGUAGGCAUCUCCGCUGCGUCUCCUGCUGCUGCUGGUGGGGGUGGUGGGCGUCCCUCGACAAGGGUGCUUAGCCGGUUUAGCACGUCGCUGGAGAACAUCGUGAGUGCGCCUUCUGUCAGCUCGCCGACGGUGUCGUCCUCCUCGUCUGCGGUGGCCUCGCCGAAGCUGAGCUUCAAGGACCGACAACGAGCGGCGGCGGCGACGGGCAUUUCGCGCAACGCGUCGAAACGCGGCUCCUUCUCGAGCCCCGUCAUCCAAGUAGCCUCGAUGACAACGGAGGCGUCGUCCUCGCCGAAGGCGGCCUCGCUCGGCGCCUCCAGCAGCUUCUUGGCGGUGUCACACAACUCCGGCACCGCCGCGACGGAAGCCUCUGUGCCUCAUGUAAGAGCGCAGACACGAACGUCCCCUCUGCCAGCCACCGCAGCCAUUACGUCGCCGACGCAGAAAGUCCCUUGCUACGCUAAUGCGAAUGCCGAAGCGGGCCUCACUCGCAGUGGUGGGGGGAGUAAAUCGAAGGAGGGCAACUCUCCCAUGCAGAGCAUUCCACGACUACCCAUCGAGCGCCUUCAGGCGAGAUUGUCUCCGCUUCAGUCCUACACUGCCGUACCGCCGCCAGCGCAGCGCGAGGGAGUCGGCAAGACGGAAGCAAACAGAGGUACUCCUUCACAUAAUGCCUCCGUUGUCACGGCGCCGCCGCUUGCGCUGCCGAACGCACCAACUGGACCAGCUGAGCCUUCCUACUUCACCGCUGGACCGUCUCCCUCCGAGACGCGAUGCACGCAGUCAGCUCCUCCCGCGUUGACGGAGCCGCGCUCCAGUGCAGCCGCAGCAGCAGCCAUGUCACGGCCACCACCACCAUCACCACCACCGAGCACAAGCCUCCGUGUCAGCAGCUCUUCACAAGAUGUGGCGGAUAUCGCGUACAGCACGCACCCCACCGUCACCACCACCACCAACGCCACCACCACAGCAGGUGAGGGCCACAGUCAGAGCAGCCAGACACGCACGAAUAGCAGUCAAGCGGAUGAAGACGAUGAAGAAAACGCCGCCUUGGCUUUUACGCAGAACGCAACACGAUUGCAUCUGUACGACCCUGACGAGCCCUCACCGCAGGAAUUUGCCAUGGCCCUUCCCCACGAAGGAGGCAUUUCUGAAGGAGGCAGUGGUGGCGGUGGUGGCACGCGGUCUGGCACGAUGGAUGAAAUAUCUUCGAAUAGCGCCACUUGGCGAGCAAACAGCCGCCGCAGUUCUGGGGCAGGGAGGGAGCUGGAGAGGAACCCGCUGCAAGCUGGCGAAGACUCCUACUCGGGCGACAGACACUCCCACAGCAGCGGCGGCGGUGACCGGCACGCCUACGCCGCGCGUCGCGCCCGCACCAGCAGCCUAGACACCCCUCCGCCGAGCACGUACACCGUCCCACCGAGCCCCUCGCCCGGUAUUCCGUCUUCCAGCUCCCCAUGCUCCUUCUCACCCCGUAAGAUGCCGACCUCCGAGCAGACGAAGCUGACCGGCCACGGGGGCCGCGUUAGACACACCGUCAUUGGUCACUGGAAGCAGCAGAACAAGUCGCAGCAGAAGCAGCAGCAGCAACAAUCCCAGCCGCUAGCGCUGUCGCACACGGCGAGCUCAUCGAUGGCGUCCCUGAACGACACCGCCGAGCUCUCCACCUCGCGAGGGGACGCGCCGCUGGCUCGCACGAGCCGCUCCCGCCCACGGCGGCACCGCGACAAAAUGCUGGCCCCCGACGGAGCGGUGCUGAACACCCCGCGCACGGGACGUGGCCCCGGCGGGGAAAGCGGCGGCCGCGGCUUUGGGAACGUCCGCACCCCCCGCAUGCAUGGCCGGAGUCACACGGUGGACGACUUUGCCUUGUACGCUGUCACCGCCGGGCGUCGCGAGGCGCAAACGCCGUCGUCGCUCACGCCCGGCUCCGUCGCGGUCACCCACAACCCAACCCCGGAGACGCUGGUGCCGCCGUUUGGCGGUCACCCCGUCGUGGCGGUCACACCCAGUGGCGGUGGGGUGGGGGAGCAUGCGGGCCUGUUGGACACGAGCGUUGCCCUUGCCCGACCACCCCUUCCCCUCUGGUCCUCCAUGACUGAUACGGUGACGACAACAGCAGCGAGCGGCGUUGGCACAGGCGGUAGAGGGAGUAGUAGUACCGGGCGUGCGGUCCACCAGCCCGGGUCGCCGCGCAGCCGAGGUGCGGCCUCCUUUCCACGACUUCCGCUCCCACGCGACCACGCAAACAGCGCCAACUCUGCCAUGCCCCAGGCGUCCUUCGCUCUGGCGGCGGUGCUGUCACCGAGCGGGGCCUCCGCCGAGAACUUCUCUGGAGCCACGCCCGCCACGGUGGCCACGCCCAACGGCUACCGCUCCGGCGACGAGCGCAGUAGCAACGCGGCCUCCUCCGGCAACCGAACCGAAACGUAUGUCUACGGCACCAUCGAGGAACCGAGCCACACCACCACCACCGCCACCAUGCCCGACGACCUCGACAACGAGGACAGGGACUACCUCCUGCAGACCUACAACACCUACUACGCCGGGGAGACGUCGUUGAGCGCGACGACCGCCGAGCUGCGCAAGUCGCGGCGGCGCAGCAACUACUCCAGUCUGCACUACGGCACCAUGACAGGCUAUCGCCGCCGCGGCGACUCGCACCGGCCGCGCAGCGAUAGCACGGCGCAGAAAGACUGGCGGCGGCGGCGCGGUAACGAGCGUUUGACGAGCACGGAGGGGAGAGAGAACGAGGAGAAGGCGGACCUGACAGCGGCGGCGAAAGUGAUGGACCGCGGCACGCACGAGGAGCGCAGCAACACGGUCGCUCGUCAAGGCGUACACUCCUCCGAACACGACGACGAAGAAUCCAUCUGCGAGCAGAAAGGCAGCGAGGAGGACCGGGACAAGGAAGCAGCCGCGGACAACGAGGAGGGCAUCGCAAAGCCCCACCUUGCAACGUCACCCAGCCACCACCGGGCAGCAACAGCGACGGCAGCAGCGGGUGGCGGAGGUGCGCCGCUCACACUGGUAGACGACGAGGAAGACGGCGCCGAGGACGGGCAGCGGCGCGCCAUCGGCAUCUGGGAAACCAUAGAGCACGUAUUUCUCCCCCGCUACGAGCUGGCGGAAGAGGCGGCGUCGAAGGAGUCGCUCACGGGACCGGCAUCGCCGAGCAGUCCCAACCUAAGCGACACCGCUAGUAUCGAGAAGCCGUGUGCGAAGCCGGGAGGCUCGCCCCCGACGGUAGCGAAUGUGAAGAGCACAUCCUCCAGUCCCAAGACGUUGUCCAGCCACGGUUUGCAGCCGACACCGACGGUGCUUUUAUCGUCCUCGCCGGCGCAGCCGAAGUUCUCGUCUCCCACCAACGCGACUCCCUCUGCCGUCCCGCCGGCGCUGUCGGCGGGAAACAGCCCUCCGACGGGUCCACGACCGAGUGGGCUGGUGGUGUUGCCCGACGCCGUCAAUCUCGCCGACGAUACGAGCAUGUCCGUCUCACUGACUUUCAGUCAGUUCCGCAAGGCGCCGGGUCAGGUUGCCGGCACGAAGCGGUUAGAGCCGGAGAAGUUUUCGUUUGGCACGGCGGCGGCGACGUACAACGUGGAGCCGACGGAUGAACAGCAGCUGCCGGAGGGCUCUGCGGAUGUAAAGGUGGCGGCGCGCCUUGUCUUUGACGCGGCAGCGGGCGUGACGCUGAUGGACCCUGAGGACGAGGUCGGGCGGUACGAACCGCACGGACACUCAUCCCUCGACGCGCGCAGUCAAUUGCCCUCGCCGAAGAACAGAAAUGAGGAGGCCGAGGGGGGCGGGGAAGACGAGGAGGAGGAAGGGGAUGACGGUGCGUGCCAGUGUGACGCCAGCUUUAUUGCGAAGGACUUCAAAGGGCUGGACUGCAGCCGCUACGACGCGAGCGACCUCUACGACCACUGCAGCCGCUGCCACCGCCGGCCCGCCGCGUUUCUGUGCCUGCACUGCAUGGAGGCAGUGUGUCCCUCGCACGUCCAGCGUCACCACCUGCUGAACCCCACGCAGUGCACGCUGUUCCUCAAUCUGCUGGACAUCAUGAGCAGCUUCGACCGCAUUUUCUGGUGUGAGAAGUGCAAGCAGUUCACGUGGAAGCACACGGAGAUCUACGACUCGCUCGUGGACCAGAUCGCCUACACCCGCGGCACCUACUUGAAGUUCCCAGCGCGUGACAUCCACUGCGUGGGCUACGAGGUCCGACUGAGGGACGCCGAUGCGCAAGCCGCCGCCGUCGCUUCCAUCAAGGCACGUAGUGUACCCAGCGUCAGCGAGGACGCUGCCUCCAGCAACUGCGGCUCGCCAGCACGUCUGCGUCGCGCCGUGAGCGGGUCCUCGCUUAACGCUGCCUUGCUGAGCCUUGCGCCGAACCCCGCCUUGGCCACCUUCCCGACCAUCGGCACCACGGUCGCUGCCGCGACCUCUCCUCAGAUGCGCAGCAGCACCCCGCCCGUCCACAUCCAGUCGCCCACCGGCAGCAGACCCGCCGCCCAACCGUCGAUGCUGGGGGUGAACAACUUGAUUAUUUUCGGGGCGUCGCCCUCCUCGCCGGUGGGCAUCAGCGGUGCUGUUUCACGCCUGCACGGUAACGCCGUGGAGACGCCGCCGCUGCGCUCCAUGAGGUCGCCGAUGCAGAAGUUUUUAAACCGCGACCCGCUCGAGACAUCGGGGUCGCGCGCCGUCACCGUCGGCGAGCCCGUCACGAAGCUGUGCGCGUUGGGGGCGAGUGUGCAGGGGUGGCGCACGACCCAAGAGGACGCGGAGGCCGCAUUUCUGAUUGACAUUCCGGCCCUCUCGAGUGAGGUCGUGGACCGCAAGGAGCUGCGCGCCGUCGCCGCCGCUGCGGCCGCAAAAAAGAAAGAGAAGGAGCAGCAGGAGCAGCAGCAGCAACCACAGCAGAGCGACGUCCAAGAUGACCGGCCUGCAGACGCGGAGAAACGGCGGAAGAGGGAUGUAGAUGCAGAAGACAUGCGUCGUGGUUCACAGUGGACGGACAAAACGAUGCCGCGUUCUCCACGCGAGGGCCGGCACGCCGCCUCUGAUUUGGAGUCCUCCGCGUCGGCCCAGCUGCCCGUCCUUGACUCUACGCUGCGCACGAGUGAUAGGGCAGAGGUGAAGGCGGCGCAGACGCGCGCAAACGAAGAAAGCGACACCGAGAAAUAUCGAGCACGUGCCGUCGCAAACGACAAGGAGAAGGGCCACAACAUCGGUGAUGAGGAGAACAGCGAAACGACGACGGCGGCAGCAGAGGAGGAGGAGCAGGAGACGAUCCCGAUGGCGGUGUUUUGCGUCUUUGACGGCCAUGGCGGCGAUGCCGUGGCGAAGUUGGCCGCCCGCCACUUCGAGACCCAUCUUCGGCGGGCCAUCCACGGCACCCGCGCUGACGACGUGCGGGCCCGGGCGCUUCUCUUCUACCUCAGCGCGGAGUCGAACGUCGCCGCACUGCUCGGGCCUCAACCCGCCGUCACGGCCAUUCCCGGUGUCGACGGCAGCAUCACGUUUCUGCCACCCGCCAAGGCCGCAACGCAACGAGGCGCAGGCUGUGCGGCGUCGAGCCCUCCUCCUUGCUUUCCCUCACUGCCGAACCCGACGACGUCCUCACACUCGCGACCUACGGUGACGUCCUCCAGCAGCCACUCGAGGCUUCUUAUUCCCGGCAAUUCGCUGACCAGACCCUUCGAUGCGGCAGAGGGAGUAGAAGCAGAGCCCGUGCCUCUAGUGGUACCCUUACCAAGCGGAGAAGAGGACAGCGGCAUGCCACAGGUUCUGCAGCUGCCGGAAGCGGUGUUCGCCGAGUCGAUCCCGAUCGUGAUGCCCGUCACGGCGGAGUCGCUUCGUCUGCAUGUGACGGGCAGCGUCGUGAACUUUCCCGCUUCCGGUGCCGGAGAGGUACGAGCGGACAACGGACCGAAGGCGCCGCCGUCCAACGCGGGUCAGGACAGUGCGAGUGUGAACGCGCACGGCUUGGCACGAAAUCGACGUUCCAAAACAACGUUGGAUGCCUGGGCUGACAUGGAGGAUCCGCAGCCGGACAUGGCAGCCUCCGUUGCCACUGCCGCUGCCGCAGCGGCUGCUGUUGCCUCAGCUUCUCCACUGAAUCAAAGACUCCUGCCUCCGUCGUUCGCAUCUAUUUGCAGUCCAGACUUCCGUCACUUCAGCAUCCCCACAAACAACCCGCAAGCCGUGAUGGCGGCCAGCACCGCCUUCUGCGCGUCCCCGUCAGCGUGGGUGUCCAUUCCGGAGAUGGAGAUGCUGCGGCAGUACUUUGCGAGCAUCAUGGAGGACGCACUGCUGUCCCUCGACGACUAUCUCCGCACCACACCGGAGGGCGUGCGUGGUGACUACGACUGCGUCGGCUGCACCGCCUGCGUCGUCGGCAUCACGGCGAACUUCGUGCUGUGCGCCAACGUGGGUGACAGCGGGGCCGCAUUCUACACGAAGGAUCGCAUUAAGGUGAUCAGCGUGAAGCACCGCGUGUCCGACGAGGCGGAGCAGAAGCGCAUCAACGCCGCUGGGUACGCCAUUGUGAAUGACCGCAUCGAAGGCAUGUCCGCCGUGCCACGCGCGCUGGGGGAUUUUGACUUCAAGCAGUGCGGUGGUCGGGGCCCGCAUGAGCAGGCCGUCACGGCCGUGCCAGACGUUACGAUCAUGCCGACGCCGAGCGACACGGAUCAGUGGGGCAUCAUCCUCGCCUGCGAUGGCGUGUGGGAUACGGCGACGCUGCACCAGGUGCACGUGGCGCUGACGAACACCGUGAACGACCUCGACGUGGCGAGCUCGGCGACGGAGGCGGUGCUGCGCGGGGCGGAGCUGUACCGGCACCACCUGCGUGGUCCGGGCGCGCCACGCGGCGACUCCCCGUCCACCUCCCCGCAGCGCAGCUCCCCUUCACACGAAGACGGCGGACCGAACAGCAGGAAGAAGAACAGCAGCAAUACCAACGACAAUGCUGCCGGUCGAAGCAGGGAGGGCAGCACCUCUCCAUCGCCGGCAAAGCGGCGGGCACUCCUCACGGCGGACAACGACGAGGGCUCGGUCAUUGGGGAGUACGAGUGCGAGGAGGGCGGUGGGGUGGCCCGUCGGCUCCCGCAGGUGGACCCCAUUCUCCUCACAGCCGCCGCUGGUGUCUUUGCGCAGUGCGUGGCCCCCGCGGACAACGACGAGGGCGUCGGUCUGGACAACUGCAGUCUCAUCCUUGUCGAGCGUCGCAACGUGCAGGAGUAA